AUGUCGUCCGCGAUCAUCCGGGUGGGUCAUGAGGCGGCCGCGGCUCGCGCGGUUCGCGCUUCGGCGGCGUCGUCCUCCUCCUCGGGAGCGAUGAGGAACGGCACCGCCGCCGCCGCCCGCGUCGCCGCGAAGAACGCUCGCGGUCGCCGAGGCAACGCGCACGUCGCCCGCGUGGCGCGCCCGCGCGAGGAGCCCGGAGCGAUCAGCGAGGAGGAGGCGCAGUACAGGGAGAUGCUGCGCGUGACGAAGGAGUGGAUGGCGUACGACCCGGACGAGCUCCCGGAGAACUACCCAGCCCCGUGGGAGACGCACGUCAAGAACCUCAUGGAGAACGGCCCAUGGCCGUGCUGGGACCCGGAGAUGGACGAGAGCGACUUCGAGGAUCCGCCCGAGUUCAUCCCGUUCAAGGAGACGCCCGGGCCGUACAGCAGGUUCGAUGAUAACGCCAAGAUAUUCAAGGCGGAGCAGCGGAAGGAGCGCGCGGAGCUCACGCGGCAGAAGCAGGCUGAGCUUCGCAAGCGGCCGCACAUGAGCAUGGAUGAGGACAUUCGCCUCAAGAACAUCCCGAGCUGCGACGAGACCGGAUGGACGCACAAGAAGAUUCUCAACCUCAUCAACUACCCGGACGACGUGGCAGCCAAGAUGGAGGAGCACAGCGUGCACAUCUACGACCCGCGCUGGCCCAUCGACAACAGCUGGAUCCCGCCCCCGGAGCCCGACACCUGGACGUUCCUCAAGGAGAUUGGCCGAGGAACCGACGAGCCGGAGGAGGACGUCAAGCUUCGCGCCAGGAUCGCCGCCAAGAACGGGAUCAUCCAGAGGUUCGACGACGAGGAAGAGGCUGACGCGUUCGAGUACCUCGCGGGUGCAUCCGAGGAGAAGCUGCAGAGGGCGGUGGACAUCGGAGAGGAGGACCAGGACGACGACGACGGAUUCAGGACGCCGGGACGCAUCACCGACGACUAA